AUGCAUCUUAAUUCUGGAAGUAGCACUAAUAAUUCGUUGGAAAUAAAAGAAUUUUCUGAGUGGCUGCUUAAAAUAAGAGAUGGUGAUCUUGGAGAUGAUGUUGAUGGAGAAUCUAUUAUAACAAUUCCAGAUGAAUUAUUGAUCAAAGGUUCAGAAGACCCACUUUCAGAUAUUGUUGAUUUUGUCUACCCGAAUCUGAUGGAUAAUAUAUUAAAUCCGACUUUCUUUAAAGAACGUGCUCUUCUAACUCCUAAAUUGUCCAAUGUUGCCAUGUUAAACGAGCACCUAAUGGCCGUGAUUCUGGGUGAAGAAAGGACAUUUUUGAGUUCAGAUAAGGUUUUGAAACAAGACGGUAAUUCAUCUCUUGAGGAUGACGAAAUCUCCCCUGAAAUCUUAAAUACAUUCUCAUGUUUGGGGAUUCCUGAUCAUAAAUUAACUUUGAAGGUUCAAGUACCGGUUAUGCUAUUGAGAAAUAUUGAUCAAUCAAGAGAUUUAUGCAACGGUACGAGAUUACUUAUUACAAAAUUGGGGAAUCAUGUUGUUGAGGCAAUUGUUCUUACAGGAAACAAUAUAGGAGAUACUGUGUUAAUCCCUAGAAUGACGAUGAGCCCAUCGGGUCAUACAUUUCUAGUAAACUUCCAAAGAAGACAAUUCCCCUUGGUAGUUUCGUUUGCGAUGACUAUCAACAAAAGUCAAGGUCAGUCGCUGUCUCAUGUUGGCAUUUAUCUUCCUAGGCCUGUCUUCACUCAUGGGCAAUUAUAUGUGGCAUGUCGAGUAUCGGUUGGGAAUGUUUCUUAUUAUAAUGCUGUCAACAUGACAUUUAGAUUUUUUUAA